UUAAGAAAAAUAAUUUUGAGUUUUACUAGGGUGAUCAAGAAGAGUUUUUUUAUAUUAGAUCAACAACCAUACUGCUGUCCGACUAAUGACUCACAAGUAACCCAAUGCCAAUUCCCAACACCUUAACCGGACCAUGUCUUAAAACAAUGUCCACAACCAUAAUUCCCAACCAUAACACCUACAAUAGAUUAUAGAACUCUCCCUCUCGUUCUAAAGUUACGCCGCCGCCCUCUCAUCACCAUUUAAUUUAACCAUUACUGCGCCCCCACCGUUGAAGCCCUCUCAUCCCCGCCACUGCUCCUACAUCCAGAACCAGAUCGCCCCUCCCCUCUCUCUCUCUCUCUCUCUCUCUCUCUCUCUCUCUCUCUCUCUCUCUCUCUCAAAUUCACUAGAUCUCGCCGCGCGUAACCACCACGUCUGCUCUCCCAACAACAUUCAAUUCUCAUAUCUAUAGUCUUUCGUCUCUCAUCAUAAAUCCUGGUAGCAACUUGCAUCGCACCACCCAGAUUCAUAAAUGAAGCAUAUUGUAAAGAUUUUGACGCUGGUAACUGCCAUCACUGCUUUAUGGAUUGGCCUUCUACAAACUUCUACGAUUCCACGAAGUCAUACUUGGUUGCUACCGAUCUAUUUUGUCGUGUCUUUAGGAUGUUACGGUCUAUUAAUGGUUGGAGUUGGUCUGAUGAAUUUUCCUACAUGUCCUCAGGAAGCUCUGUUGUUGCAAAAGGACUGGAGUGUUAGACCUCUCAUUAAGGAAAACUGACUGUUAUGUUUGUAACAAUUAUUAUUAUAUUAUUAGGAGCAGUUUAGUGGGAGUUAUUAUAUUAUUAGGAGCAGUUACAUUUUAUUAAUUAUGUGUGUUUUUGUUUAGAGCAAACAGGGGAAGAUAGGAGAGUAAGAGUUUAUGAUUUUGGGAAGUUAUUGAGUGGUUAUUAGGAGAGACCCAACUCUCGGAGAGUUUGGGAAGGGACUGAUCCAAGACUCUCGAAAUCUUGGGAGGAACCAAACUGGUCCCUGUCUUUCUAUGUGUCUAGUUUGUGUCAGCUUUCUAUAAGUUGUAAUUGUGGAUUGAAACCCUGUUGCAGAGUAUUUUUGAAUUAAUAAACAUAAAAUUGUUCCACAGUUGUCUAA